AUGCCAAUCUCAUCAGCCCUUAAGAAAGCUCAAAAGCACCGUAGCGACCUAUACCGGUUCGCAAAGAGUAAGAAUCUGACAAUCCAUUGGGAUAUGAAGACAAAGAAGAUGGAGGAAAUUGUCAAUGCGUUCAAGAGCAAGAAAGCUAUGACAAUUGUCAAGGCUUUCAAGUCAUCGAAGCUUAACAAUGAUCCAUCAACUCUCAAAGUCAUCAACACUACAACUGGAAAGGUCAACGUAUCGCUAAGUCGCUUUAAUCGCAUUCGGAAGCAGAUUGUAUCGCCAGCUGAUAAGAAGUUGCUAAUUCAUAUCAAGGGUUCGGAUGGUAGAAUCGCGAAGUCAUACCACCUCAACGAUCGCGUUGUAAAUAUCAACAAUCUUUUCAUUGACGAGGAGAAUCAAUAUAGCUCGGGAGCUGACAUUGAAUUGAAUAUUCUACCUACAACGACCAUUGAGACUGAAUGGCUACCAAAUUCUAAGCGAUCUCGAUCAGAGCGCAAGAAUUUCUUUCGAUAUCUGCCGAAGGCCGACUACAAUCUAGAGGCAUUCCAA